AAUUUUUUUAUUUAUCUACAGAUUUUGUCAUCUUGGAACGUGAUUCAUAAUUUUGCACGUGUGCGAAAAAUUUCAAUUUUUACCAGCGUAAUAGGCAGACCGAUCGACAGACAACCGUGACGAGUACAUAAGCCCUGACUCGGGCUAAUAACUGACCAGUUUAUCAUAGAAACUUGUGUAUAUGCAAUAAGUCAUUAACUAUGUAGAAAUGUCAUUAAUGCAUCAUUAAGAUUUAUUAUUUUACUGCAUGCAAGCAUUACAUACGUGUCUAUUUAUAACUUAUUUGUGCAUCUGUGCAAAGUAAACACAAUGACGACCUUCUUGACCUUCGUUAUAAUUUUCACAUUAUUCCAAACUGCCACACCCACUGAUCCCGUCAAUUUGGUCCCGCUCGUCAAAAUCCCCUCCACAAAUUUAAGUACAGGCGUAUUUUACAUCAUUUCCAUGAAAAGUAAACCAUCCGGCGUAUUAAGUUGGACUUACGACAAGGCGAUUCAUAACACUGGAAACUUUCUCCAACUCGACCUCACCCCCGAAAAUCAAGCCAAGUAUCUCCCCGGCGGAGAAUGGAACCUUUCCGCACACUGGGUGCUCCAACCCUUCAACAAUUUGUCAUCAUUCGUACUAAAAAAUCGGGACAAUUUGUCCCGAAAUGUGGCAACCGUUUACGAUGAAAAUACCGGAUACACUUUUCUUUACUGGGAUGACCCCGCAGGACCAGGAAAUUUAAAUACUCCUCCGAAUCACUACUUCGUCACGCCGGUGGGGACCGUGGACCAGCCAGAGUACAAGAUUCAGCUCCAAUUUCCCCGAUACCCGGGCAGAUUUGUGACCUGGACUCCACUCAAGUAUCAAAAUGAUUCCCAUUAUCUUCAAGUGGCAGCAAAGGGGAGUGAGUACGACUGGGGUGGGAGGUCGUGGGACAGCACCUUGUUCAAAUUUGAACCUGUGACGAGUGGGGUUGUCAUUCGAUUUGGACAUGUCGCAUCGUUAGAGAUUAGUCCACAAGGGGUAGAAAUGUUGGAGAACAAAGGAACAAUGGUCACCGUGUAUGCGGAAAAGUUUGAGAAUUUUGGAUCAUUUCCGACCACAACGCUGAUAAAAACCUCUCUGCCUGACACAUCCGGAGGAAUUUUGACCAUCACGAACCCCACGUUGCAUCCCCACAUCAAACUUCCGGCGAAUUUCACUUUUGCCCUCUCCUCCAAAAAGGGCAGUCCAAUCCUCUUCAACGUCAUCGCGUCCUCUGAAAAUUCGAAUAAAACAUAUCUCGUGAGACCACUGAAUCGUGUCCUGCCGCUCCCACCGAACGUUGCCGUGAACGUGGGGGCGGGUAAGGUGACAAGCUUUAGAGUGCAGCAGAAGCUCUUUAAAGAGGUCGAGUUGCCGUGCGUGCUCAACGUUCCGGUGACGGGCGAGGGUGACAGGAUGACGGAGGACUGGGACGAGGAUCGAGGACCACUCCCACCGGACGUGGUAGAGACCGCUUUGAGGAAAAAGUUGGGAUUGUUGGACGAAGUGAGGAUGGACGGGGACCAAUUAUUUGUCCGAGUGGGGGCUGUCAUUAAGGGGACAUUUUUAGUCGGGGUUGAAACAACGCCGUCAAUCGUGUAGAAAUGCAUGCAUGUAUGUACACAGAUUAAUUUAGAAAAUUAUACGACAUUGGCAAAUUCGGAACAUAAAAUUUAAUAAUUAAUUCUGACAAUAAAUUCUAAAAUAAAUUAAUGA